UCUCUAUAAUUCAUUAUUAAAUCUUAUAGUAUAAUAAAUACAUAUAAUCCAAAUCUCAAAUAAAAAAUAACCAAAAUUAGCGAAUAAUUACCCCUCAUCUCCAUCUACAUCUCUCUUUAGCCAAUCGCUCAUUUCACCUCAUGCUCACCAACGAAGAAGAAGCCAAUUUUCGCAUUUUUCUAGAUUGUUUAUCGACUCCUCUAAUUGAAAGCUGUACAUCUGUCUCAACCGCUAAUACCUCCAAACGGAAAACGAGAGGGAAAUCAAAGGCUGGAAGAAAGGGAGCUAUUAAACCUAUAUCGAAAGAUGUAGAUACAGAUGAAGCGAGGAUAAAUGAUGCAGCUGAGCUUGCCGAUUUUAUUGAAGUAGGUUAAAACCCUCGUUAUUUUUCUAAAUAUAUUUAUAUUACCAACGGGAAGAUGAAUAAGACGAAAACUUACACGAGACUAGUACAUCGCCCUCGAAAUCUUUACCCAUCUCCCAUGCGAACUCAGAACAUUAUCCCACAAAACCUACACCACCAAUCCAACUCUCCAAAAAAUCUACCCCAACCUCAAUCCCCUCGAUCUUGAAACCUCAAACAAAAUAACUCAAGCUCUUCCCCCCAGCAUCCCCGACUCCCUCCACACCUACUCCCUCCUCCCCCCAUGUAGCCCCAUCUCCGAAUUCCUCCACCCAGUCCUCAACAUCUACACCACACAACUUCUCACCCCUUCCCCUCCCGCUCCACCCCAUACCCUCAAACACUCAACCAACGCAUGCGAACUCUGCAAUCGCGAUUGGAUCCCCCUAACAUACCACCACCUAAUCCCGAAAUUCGUGCAUACUAAAGUAUUAAAACGGGGCUGGCAUACACAGGAAGAAUUAAAUAAUGUAGCAUGGUUAUGUCGUGCGUGUCAUAGUUUUGUACAUCGGGUUGCGGGGCAUGAGGAAUUGGCUCGGGAGUUUUAUACGGUGGAGUUGCUUGGGGAGAGGGAGGAUGUGGCGCGCUUUGUGGAGUGGGUGGGGAGGGUUAGGUGGAAGAGUAGGUAGGUAGGUAGGUAUCUUGUAGGGGAGGGGUUGAAGGGUUGUUGGAUCUGGUCUAAAGGACGGAAGUAUAAAGAUUACCUAGUGUGUAAUCUAUAUCAUUUUAGAAUGAUUAUUACCACAUACGACCAUAGACUGAGGAGAAUUGGGCAUCCCGUCCGCUCUGCCAUACACAAGCCUCAGAUCGGUAGAUUAGUAGUUGGGUGGGUGACCACCAGCGAAUCCCUACUGUUGUAUGUUUUUCUUUUUUUAUCUUUCAUAUUUUUGUACUUUUGAAUGCCAUAUCUUUCCUAAAAGGAGGGCGACAAGAUAAGAUUCUCAAGAAAAUUAAAAGUGAUAAGACUUAUUUUUGGUAUAAUUGUCGGCUUGCCGAUACCAAAACCUUGCUGUAUGUAUAGCGUACCGCAAUUUACC